AUGGCUACCGACGCUCUCAUCACAUUCAAGGCCGGCCAGUGCGACGUAAACGGCAAAAAGGUCAAGCCUGAUGCCACUCCCGGCUACCUCUACCUCUACGAAGAAGAUGAGCUCGUACACUUUUGCUGGCGCCCUCGUUCCGCCCCUCCCACAUCCCCCGAGCUCGACUUGAUCAUGUUCCCCGGCGAUGCUACCUUCACUCCUUACACUGGCACCACCGAUACAAACUCGCCCACAAAUGGCCGCAUUUACAUGCUCAAGUUCUCGUCAUCUUCGCAACGCCACUUCUUCUGGCUUCAAUCCAAAUCACAACACGCUAGUGGCGAUGCAAGCUGGUUCAGCUCAAGAGACAAGCGUUAUGGCGAAAUCAUCAACAACAUCCUCGCUGGCGAAGAAGUCGAUGUCGGUUUCGAGAUCCAGCGUCUGAGAGGCGGCGAUGAUGAUGACGACGAGAACGGUGACGAUGUCGACAUGGAAGACGUCCAGCCUGAACACCACAGACAGGGCAGUGGCGGUGCCGGUGCAGACGCAACUGGCGCAGAUGCUAGGGAAGAGGGCGAAGCCAGCCGUGAAGGCGGAGCCGAUGGUGGCAGAGCUGCUCCUCCCGGCGAUGCCAACGACGCUGUUCAAAACUUCCUCAGAUCCCUCCAAGGCUCAUCGAUGGGUGCACAACAACAACAACAACAACAACAGCAACAGCAACAGCAACAAUCGUCCUACGAUCGACCCUUCACCACUCUCUCCGAGCUCCUAUCAACCAACAACACCAUCCCCUGGCUGUCGUCAACUUCGCCUGAGCAAAUCGAUGCAUUGUGCAUGUACCUGCCUCCAUCGCUAUUCCUGCUCGCUCAAGAAUCUGCCUCCACCACCUCAUCUGCAGAGCCCAGUGAGGCAACCGCACGCGCUGCUAUUGAAGCUAUGGCCACUGAGCAGAAGCGUGAGCUGCUACAGCGAGUCCUUCGCUCACCUCAAUUGAACCAAAGUCUGGGCAGUUUAACAUUCGCAUUGCGAGACGGUGGUCUUCCGAUGGUCUCGGAAGCUCUCGGUGUCAAGGUUCAGAACGGCGGUAUGGUCAAGGGUGGUAGUGUGCCGCUUGGUGGCGGCGAGGCUGUGGAAGCCUUCGUCGAGGGUGUAAAGAAGGGUGUUCAAGAGCAGAAGAAGUAA